AUGUCGUAUUCAAACGGAACUAGCGCCGCACCCGGUGCUAGCUCAUCAGCCUCCAGCUCGCGUUCCAAACGUGAACUCAUCGACCGCGUCAGGUAUCCCAACCCGAUCCCCGUGCCCCCUUACCCACCAAAGCUCGUCAAGAUCCCCACAGAGCCUUCCAGAUAUGCGAAUCCUCACUUUGCAGACCGCCUUUCAAGUCAGCAUCCCAUCCCCAUGACUGUCGAUGUCCAUGCUGGUAUGCCCAUUGAUCUCGCCAACUUCCAGAAUCUUUGGGAAGGCGAUCUCUCCGAAGUCGUAGUUUCUCCUACUUCCCAGCUCGAUGCGCAAGACCUGGACGAUGCAGACGCCUUUUUGCUUCAAGACUUUGCAUCCAACCUCCCCGCCGCCGCUUCGUCCGCUUCAGCUUCCGGUGCGAUCGGACUCAUCACAUCUUUGAAAGCCACUGACGAUCCAGCUACACAAGCAACCCUCCAAGCUGCCAUCCAGCAGCGUCACGCACAAUCCCUCGGCCCUGGUGCAAAGGCUACACUCGCAGCCGACGAUGUCACUUGGCUCCGAAGGACUGAGUACCUCAGCGCACAGCAAAAGAACGCUCAGCAACAGGUUCAGAAACCCAAAGUCACGGAGCGCAUCGACGUCUCCAGAGGGGCCCAACUCGCAAAGAUCGAAAAAUCCUUCACCGACGCACGAAAGCCUUUGUCUAGUCUCGUCCAUCCACACAAGAAGGGUGUCAAGGCGGAGCAGGUCUUCGACUUCCUCCCAGAUCCCGAGACGUGGGCGACCGAUUACCAGGUGGUCCGCUUCAUCGACCACCCGGGUCGUAUCAUCAACGGUAUUCCUCAACCCGAUCCUCGUCUCGACGUUGCCCUCUUCCGCCCCAUCAGCGCUGCAGACGGAGAGCAGCGCGUUUCUUACUACCUUCCUGCUGGCGAAGAGAUUUCCGAAGACCCUGAAGCGCCCAUGACCCUCAUCGACAACCGUGACGUCGAGGAGAACAAUGCUCGCAGAUUGCGCAAGAGGAGAAGGACCGGCAAGUUUCCCAUCCCUCCCGAAGUCGACGACGACGGCGAGAAGCAACCCGAGUCAAAGCUUCUCAAGAAGGACUACGCGACCCCCUUCAAGCUCUCGCGUGACUAUGUCCCCAAAGACACCACGGAGAGCGCACACGACGUUCUUCUCCUCACCCUGGACGACGGCAUUCCGGACCCAGAUCCAGAUGCCAAUGUUGACCCUAUCAAAGGGGUCAAAGCUGCCUCCUCUAAACCCACUGGCGAAGAUGAUGACGAUGACGACCUCUUUGGCGACGACGAUGACGCCGACGAUACCGAAGACGGUGCUGCUGCUGGUCAGAUCGACUCCACCCUUCCUCCGCAAUCCGAGUUCGAACGCCAGAAGCGAUCUAGAAGAUCUGCUGCCACCAAAGGCAAGGAGCGCAGCGAGCAACCCGACGGUCAAGGCAUCACCAGCGAGUCUCGACCUAAGGCACGCGCCUACUAUCACAAGAUCGGCAUGCGUUUCACCCUCCGUGUCUGGCGAUCCCGCUUUGCCAACAACGAAAAGCUGCGAAACCGAGACCGAAGGUAUCCGGGCAAGUGGGAUGCCGUCGUUCUGUCCAACCGCGAGCUUCACGAGAGAGAACAGCUGCGCAGGCUUCAUCUCCGAAGCCAGGUCGACGAUGUCGGAGAGCUCGACCCUUACGAAGAGGAGGAGAUUGAAGAAGCUUUGGCUGAACAAGACGGUGUUGAGGCCACCGCGAACGGUGCUGCAGACCAUCCGCAAGAUGAAUAUGAGGUCAAGGAACGAGAAGGAAGCAGCGAUGCCAAUGGCGAUGUCGGCGCAGCCUACGGUGACCAGGACGACCAGGCUGAUGACCAGGCCAACGACGACGCCGAAGAAGACGCCAGUGACGACGAUGAUGAAGAGGACGCCAGCGAUGAUGAGGAUGGCACAGUAGAUGGAGACGAGGAGCUGGCAGCUCUACGUGCCGAAGCUGGAGAGGUAGGUGAAGAGCUCGACCAGGAUGCUGAGGGCGGCGGUGGGCGACGUUCUCGCAAUCGACACUCUGCUGCAGUCCCAGUCGACGAGCAGCCUGAAAGCUAUGCUGCAGCAGCCAUGGAUGAGGAUGACGACUGA